UUGAUGGAAAAGAGAAUCAAAUAAUAGCGUGGAACAAAAAAUAAUGUCAAAGAUAAAAUUUGGUGUUUUCCCCGCAAAGAAUAACGGAGCAAAAAGGAAAGAGAUGGUGUUCGCCCCGAACCCGUUAUCUCUAAGCGUACCCGAACCCGCUUUCGAAUCCUGGCUCCGCGACUCCGGCUACCUCGAAAUCCUCGACCAGCGCACCACCGACCUCAACCGCCUCCCCGCCGCAACCAAACCCUCCAAUUCCGCCGCCGCUGCCGCCGCUUCCGACUCCGCCGCCCCUUCGAUAAGUCCUGACGGUGUAUUCUUCAUCUCACAAAUUGUCUCCGGCAUCUGGACUCUUCUAUCGCUCUUCACCUUCAGCCCUUUCUCGAAGCUCGCCACCGAUGAUUUCUCCGGCGAGACACCUAGCUGGACUCUAGCCUUCUUCGGCUCCGCCGAAUCGUACUCAUUUCCGUCUUCCCCCUCUCAGGCUCGCCUCCGUGUCCAUGAGAACGUCAAGCGCUUUGCUCGCAAUUACGCCUCCCUCAUCGUCCUCUUCCUCGCUUGCUCUCUGUAUCAGUUGCCAGUAGCUCUCCUCGGUCUCAUUUCAUGCUUGGCACUUUGGGAUGCAUUUAAGUUCAGCGGUGACCGAUGGGGGUUGGACAAAUAUCCCGUUUUCAGACAAACUUUGAUUCGUGUUGCUCAAUGUGUGACUGCAGUAAUUCUAUUUAUUUCCAAUGUCCAGAUGGCAAUCUUCUGUGCUCUUGGUGUUAGUUAUGCAGUCAUGAUUCUACAUGCCUCGUUUAGAAAGUUGACCCCUGCAAAACAACUGGAUGUAAGAGGUGGACAUAAGAAAACUGCUAGAAGAUGAGGUCUAUCAAAAUUUUGUUGUUGAAGAUGGUUUUCUUUGCGCUGUGAUGCUAAGGAGUAUGGGUUUUAUUGUAUCAGAUAAACCUGCAGAUGAAGAAUCUCGAGUUUUGUGUCAGAAAAGCCCAGCCCGCAACUUUGAUAUAGAGUUAGUUCAUCUUUUAUCUUUUUCCUAAUUUAUUUGUUUUUCGCUGUGUUUUAAUCUGUUUUCGUAGCUAUUGUAGUUAUUGAUCUUGUACUCCACUGUAAAUCUGACUGUAAUCUCCUGAAAAUGGAAACUUCGUGGACACCUUUUAGGCUUUUACGGCUAAGUAAAAAAAUCAAGAAGAUAAAAUUUUAUAUGUUUAGAGUUAUACGUCUGUAUGUUGAAAAGAUUUCCUGA